ACCCCAAAACCAAACCCACAACCUUUUAAAGCAGUAUUUUCAACUAUUUCUAAACUACUCCUUUCAAAGUUUUUGUAAGGUUGAUGUAGGCUUGUCUCCAGUGGUUAGUUUUGACCCUUUUUUUUUGCUGUGUGUAAAAAAUACUGAAUCACUGAGCAGCCUGGAGUCUGGAAUUCUGGAAUGGAGGGAUCUGCGAAUACAUCUCUGCUAAGCCUUUGGUUUUAUCUGUGUUUGUGUUUCACAACAUCCCGUCUGUUCCUUAUAAAAUUGGGAAACCUUGUGCUUGAAGCAGUUGUUGAAUACUUUGUAUUCUGUAAGGAAUUAGUUGUGCAUCAUUCAGAUUUUCUUUGUGGUUGUUUCCCCUGGUUUUGUAGCCCCUGGCAUUUUGAGAGUGUUAAUAGAGGCUUGGUUAGUUUACUAACCGUGAAGCUAUAAAUGUAAUGUGACCAGAAAGCCUUGCAUAGAAGGUGUGAUGAAUUCCUUUUCAACUUUGUAAGUUCUGAGUCAUUCAAGCAUUUGUUAGAUCAAAAAUAGAGAUCAUAGGCAACCAGAUCAUAGAGGUCAGUGGCUGGUAUGUAUUUGGGGAAACAGUGGUUAGCUCAAGCUGAAAGAUACAUGUUAUUCUGUUUUCAACAGGGCACUGUGAAAACAGGAUAAGCACAAAUUACUGAUGAUAGUAGAAAUCACAUCCCUCUUUUCCCAGCCUAGCUGUCAGGUAAAAUGGCUUGUUGCUGUAGAGCAUAAGCCAGCUGACAAUGUACAAAAUAUCUCUGCAGACAUCUCAAACUGGAGAGAUCAGCACUUUUCUUAGGUAAAAGACAAACUAAGGGAGAAAGCAUAAGGGAGAAAAAGUGAAAAGUACAUAAAAAGAUUGUACAGUGAUACUCAAAGUGAGGUCAAUCGAUGUUGUCUAGAUAAUGUUUGGGGUUGUUUUUUUUAAAGCUUUGGGAUACUUGUGUGGGAUUCCUAUUUGCAAGUGGUACAUGAAAAUACUGACACAUUAAGAAAAGGCAUACAUGGAACAAUUGUUGGGUUGUUUUUAACAUUAAGCAUUUAUUUUUUUCUUUUGGCCCAAGAACAUUAGGAACAAUCAGAACAUUGGCAAGAUCAUCACUGUUUUAUUCUGACCUAGAGAUUUUCCCCAUGCUAGUUUAAAGUUAUCAAUGAUAAAUUGAUAAAUCUGCCUCUAAAAAGUCUUUGCCAUUCUCAGGAUGUUCCUGGUCAUUCAACACCUGUUGGAACAUCAUCCUGAGAUGAAGAUGCUAAAUCCUCUCAACAGCAUCUUCUGUCUAUUCCUACAUUUGUUUUACCUUUUCUGGGCCUGAUUUUCGGGCAGAGAUUUAAAUUUGAAUGCUUGAGCAAAAUACCGUUCCUUUGUAUUGUGUUAAUCAUCUGUUGAAGCAAAGAGCGGAGAUUUUUCCAGAGACAAAUACUCAAAGCUUCUGUUAGGGAACAUCUGUUUCCAGCUCACAGUAUUGGAGUGGAGUUUUGGAAAUUCAGCCUAAUAUUCAUGGUGCUGUUUCACUUUAGUUUCUGCAGCAUUUGUUAUUGCUCUUCAGAGAAUUGGAAGUUUCUUUGUGGUCCAUAUUGUAAUUUUAAUGUGGGGAAAUAUUCAAGACCUCACAAGCAUUAAUGUCCACCCUAGAAAUAAAUUUGCAACGGAUACUGAAGAAGCUAAAGAAACCUUCUUCUGUCAAACAUGGAAGUCUACUCAGUACCUUGAAAUUCACUAUAGAAAGAUUUUGUCUUUUAUUAAAAGUCAUGCAAGGUGGCUCACUGCCACAAAUUCUUCAAGUUUUGUAACUUCUCUUUUUAAAAGGCCAGUUUCAGCAGAAGCUGAGCUUAAACCUCUGGCAUUACACAUUCCUUGCUUGACAUUCACAUUUGGUAAAUGAACCUUUUUCUCAUCCUGCAUGUAUUUUCCCAUGAAAAUGUGUUUACAAGAAAUAGGUGGACUAUGGCUCCUUAAAAAGAACCUAAAAAUGGACAAUAAUAUUCUGAAGAAAUUCAGCUCCUCCAGGAGACAUGUUCAAUAUGCUUUGUCUUCAGCAUGAUAACUGAAGGUGGUGGGGGAGUGGGAUGGGCUGUGCAGGUGUGUUCAGAUUGCCUCCAACAAAGGUGACUUUUGAUGGUUGCUUCGCAACUCAUGGGUCUGGUUCCAGUCCUGUGCCAUGAACAUGCUGAUAUUUUCCCUAUUCCAAACCAGAAGUGAUGGUGAAAGUAAGUCUAAGUGGUUCUUUAUAGAGGAGGUCUUUGUUAAUUAUUUUGAGAUCCUUAAAACUUAAAGGAUCUGCAAAUAAUACAGUAAAUCUUCACUGAUUAUAUUACUAACCAACCAUUAACAACAGGAAGAAAAAAAUACUGUUCAGAUAACAUUGCCACUGUCGUCUUAAUGCUAGAAGGGGAAAAAAAACACAGUGAGCUAACCUGGAGUAAAUUCUGCAGUCAAAAUGCAAAUAAUAUAAGAGGAAAUUAGCAAACUUGACUUACUAAAAAAUAAAAGGAAAACCAUGCCUUUUUAAUUUAGUUUUAAGUUACAUAUAUGUUGUUGUGGUUAAAGUUUAAAAAAUGUUAAUUGUUCCAGAUCCUAACAAAGGGAAAUAAAUUAUUCAUUGCAAUAUGUAGAGCUCAGUCAGGAUUCCCCUUGUGUUUUGUAAUAAGAAAGCCAAAUUGCCUGACAGUGCACACUUCAUUUAGCUUUUCUGCAAUUAAAAAAUAAUUGAAAUGCUCUUUUAUUGCAGCAAGUCAGAUAGACUGUAGAUGCUUUGAAUGCAAAGCAUUUAUGUGGUAAGGUGAAGAAUCUGUCAAGAGUAAAAAGAUCAUCCUGGAAAAGAAAUGUUGUUUUUCUUAUUUACAUUACUCAAUCUACAGACCAACUCACUACUGGAAAAGGUAUCAUUCAGGAAAAAUUCAAAAAGAUUUUUUUUACUAUUAGCUUUCUGAAAUGGAAUGCAUCUGAAACUGGGCUGCUUUGCUUUUCAGCUUAUUAUGACACUUAGCCAGACACCUAAUAAAGAACCCAUUCCUGAAAGCAGCACAGCUAAUUACAUUUUAAUGUUUAAGGGUGCAACUGGGAUUAAGGGCACACUUGCAAGAUGAUGUGUCCAUGUUAGUUUGCCCUAUGGACCUAUGUUCAUGUUGAAGCUAUGUAAAUGUUGUUAAAAUCUGCUGUAAAAUCAGCAAAAAAUUGUAGCUUAAUUUUGCCAAACUCCAAACCCUGGAGAAAGGAAUACUAAAAUGAGACUCUGUCACUGGUGUUUCUAAUGACUAGAGAAUUGCAAGCAUAUUCCUGGUGUGUUUUUCAUUGUAUUUUUAGUUCAGAAUACAGCUUUGUUAUUCAAUCUAUAUUUUUGUUUUCUGUAGUGUUCUAUGGCUUCCACUACAAGAACGUUUUUCCCUUCCAUCGCCCCAUCCAAAAAUACUUAAGAAAAUUAGUUAUAUUUUAACAUUGGAGAGAGCACUCUCAAAAAGUUAUUGGUGUAUACUUUAGGAACUUUGCCCUUCAGUGACAGCAAGUAUUUUCUCAAAUAUUUGUGUACUGUAUUGUAUUUGGCAUGUGUUUGUAAACUGUGUUCACAGUUGACUAUCUUUGAUGAAUAAAGGAGAGGUAUGUUUUUGAGUAGUGUUCUCUAAAAGGCUGAUAAAAAUACAGUCAGAAUUAACACUUCAGUACUUUUGUCUCAAUACAACUCAGAUGUUAAAACGUGUUACUUCCCUUUGGAUUGCUUUGAUCAGAAAGAAUCUGACACACCACACUGUCAAGAGCAUGGCUGUACUGCCUUUGAAGGUUAUUUUUUUUCUCCUUAAAGCUGUCUUUGCUAAUUAAAAAAAAUAAUUUAAAAAAGCCUAUUUCUAUGUUAUGAAAAUUGUUUGUUUGUUUGUUUGUUUGAUGGUUUGUUGUUUUCAGGUUUUUUCUUGGGUUUUUGUUUGGUUUUUUAAACAACAGGCAAACAUAACCAAAUAUUCCUAAAGAUUUUAUUAGUCAAACAGUUCUUAAACUAAUAUCCAUUUAAAUUGACUAGAAUAUUGAAUACAUUCAUUCACAUUAGGGGAGCAUAGUAUCUAUUUGGAUUCAGUGAGUCAGUAUCAAACAUUUGUAAUUUUCCCUAAAUUUACCAAUUUAGAGGAAGGCACAUACAUAAAAUUUACAGUGUCCAGCUUAACCUCUCUUUUCUGCAACAUAAUCUGUAUGCCUGGGUGGGAAAGCCAGAAUAUGGCUGGUCUUCUGUGAUGUGGCAGAAUGUUUUUCCCUGUUUAAGUAACACAGGAAAUAGGAUUCUUAAAUGUUUGGUGGUGAUAUGACAGAAUCACAGAAUCCUAGGGGUUGGAAGGGACCUUGAAAGAUCAUCUAGUCCAACCCCCCUGCCAGAGCUGAAAUACUGAAUUAAACAUCAUUCUGGCAGCUGCAGAAGAUGUGGUUGUGGCUGCCAGAAGCUGUGGAGCAGAAGACCCAUUCUUAUGGGUAACUCCACAAUUUGUGUAUUCUUUCAUAGCAGUCUCCUUAUAUAUCUGCAGUAGCAUUUCUGUGUCGUUGGUUUUGUCUGUAAGGUUGGUUUGAUAUAUUUCAAUUGUCUAAAAUUCAUGUCAGACAACAGUGACAAUUUUUCAAUACCUCUUAAUUGCAAGUUUUUUGAUUGCUGUUUGGUUGGGACCCUCUACUUGAAAAGGUCAUUCUUAACUCUUCUCAGAUUUUUCACCAUGGUCAAAAUAUGUACUGUUGUAGAAAAAUCUGAAGACAUAAUAAAUCCUGUAGUAUGUAGGAUAUCCUUCAUCUAACUUUUAUGACAUCCAUUGUGUUCAAGGAUAAUCUUCUGUAUGUGCUUGUCCAGUGCUGGUGUGAAUAAGCCUAUUAAAAGAAUUUGAGUUUUCCUGUGCUACAUCAAGCAAGAGAUUUGACAUGUAAAUUACCACCUAUAAGAAUAUCAUUCAUUAUUUCCCUGUACAGAGAAAUGAAGCAAGACACUGCCUUUAAUGAUAGUUGCAAUUUCUUCUUUCACUCUAUUAAAUCCUGUAGCUGUGGUUGGCUGUUAAUUACAUCCUUUCUCCCAUCUUGCUCACUUUAAUUUUAGACCUAUCGAAUUGUUUGUUCAUUGAGUCAAUUUUUUAAUUCAUUACCUCAAACUUGUGUGCUGUCAUGUUUUCUUUUUGACUCCAAAUGAGUUUGCUGGGUGUUUUUCUUGAGCUGGACUAAGAAACACUGAUUCAAACAUUCCUUAGAUACUCUAUUCAACUUGUGCAUUUGUUAGGAUGUUGUUCUUAGUAUGAGUGUUGGACUUUUGAGUCAAUCUGCUAGUAAUGUUUUGCAUUCUCAAAUUCUCCAGUAAUCAUUCUGGUAAAUAGCAAGGCAAAGUUAACUUUGGACACAAGGAAUCCCUAUAAAAUUGAAAAAAUCUUUUUGUAUUUCCUGGGAAUUUGUCAUAGGUGUGUGUUGUCUAAUGCUGCAUUUUUUACUACUACAACAUUCUCGGAAGUUGUGUGCAUAAUUUCCAUUCUGACAGUGCAUAGCUGUGCACUCAUUGAAAUGCAAAUAGAGAUUGUUUCUCUGACAGUUGUACUCUGAGCAUGGCAGCUGAUCUGAAGGCCCAGGGGAGUGGGAUUAGCUGAGGACACACUGGAGGAAACAAGUAGCUGAACUGGAGGAUGGGAGCUGGAGAAAGCUGGCCUGCAGGCAGGCACCCUUCUGCAAGCACUCUGAGCUGAAGUGGUCUGCAUGUUCAGCUGCUGCUGCUCCUCUGCUCUCUGUUAGAAGUUAUUUCCCCCUCAGGUCUGCUAGAUGAGGCUUUUGUAAGGCUGUUGUUUAACAACUCUGUUCACAGUUGGUUUAACAGCUUUUUGUUAGCCCUUCUCAUGUAACUGAAGUCAAGGAGUGACCACCCAUGCAGGUAAGUCAAUAAAUCUUAAGGGAUGACAAGCAGUUCCCCGUGGUCUGGGUGUGAUAACCUCUCCAGCAGGCACAGCAAGAACCAGCAGCUGUUUUGGAGAAGCAAUGGUCUAGUGUCUCACCAUUGUGCAGCAGCAACUUCUGACUCUGUGGCCAUAUCUGUGUGUGAAAACUACUUUAUCUGAAUAUAUUGAUGCCUGUUCAAUAAUGGAAAAUCAAUUGGAACAUCCAGGCAGUUUACCAGUAAGGAAGAACAAUGCAACAGCAAAAAACAUGUACUGUCUUCUUGAAAGGAAGAAAAAGAAAUCCUGCCAGAAACCUGUGGACAAAUAUAUUGAGUAUGAUCCUGUUAUCAUAUUGAUUAAUGCUGUUUUAUGCAAAGCACAAGCAUACAGGCACAUUCUUUUCAAUACAAAGAUAAAUAUUCAUGGAAAGCUCUAUAUAUUUUGUUUGCUCUGUGAAGCUUAUGUCAGGUGGUUGCAACUACAGGAUUCAAGCCAAAAUGUAGAUCCUGAUGACUUAAUAAGAUAUGCCAAGGAAUGGGAUUUUUAUCGAAUGUUUGGUAUAGCUUCUUUAGAACAAACUUCAUUUUUGGUUGGCAUUUUUAUUACCUUGUGGUGGAUGAGACCUGAGCUGCUGAAAACAAAGUCUGAAUUCAUUUUACUUCUCAAAGCACUGCUGUUGUCCAGCUAUGGAAAGCUUUUGCUAAUUCCAGCUGUAAUUUGGGAACAUGACUACACACCUUUGUGCCUUGCAUUUAUAAAAGUGUUUGUCUUGAUAUCAAACUCUCAGGCAAUUAGAGUUACAUUGAACUUGAACCGCAUGUUCCCUUGGUUGGCCAUCUUCUUUGGAUUAUUUUUGGAAAAUGGUGUGGUCUGCUUGUUCCAGAAGAUGGGAUUGGAUGUUUGAAAUGUCAGCCCAGAUCUGAAGAAAUAUCAACAACGUGAUGAUCAUUUUCUAAGAAUGAUCUCUGCCAGCAGGAUCCAAAGAUGAUAGAGAAAAAAACGAGUGUUGAGUGUAGGCAGUUUUAGGAUGACUUAAAAUGAGACACUUCAGAUGUUUGGCUAUUUAAUGUUGUAAGCCAUAAAACUUCAGUCUUAGCUUGUUUAUUUUCCCAUUCAAAAAUAUGAAUGUGUCACUAUCCUAACAGCUUUAUAAAUCUGGCUGCAUAGCUAUGGCUGUUCCAAAAAGGGUACACACACAAAAAAAAAAAAUCACUACUACCAGUCACUGCAUUUUGGCAGAAAGAGGAGGAUGAACUGUCCCCUUAAGAGGAAGUAAGAGUCAGUGGAAAAAUGGAAAAGCCAAAAUUUGUAUUUCUGCAAAAAACAGAUUUUCAAAGAGAAGUGAUCAUGUGCAAACAGUUUAUGAGGGAAAUGGCAAGUGUCACAAAGUAAAACUAGAGUGGGAAAACUAAGUUGCACUUUCUGGAAUGUUUAUGUAACAAUCCAAGAUAAUAAAAUACCUAAUUCUAGAGUAGCCUCUAGGUUCUGUAGUUUUAACUGGCUUGGAAUUUUAUAUGGUCUUAUAAAUGCUACUACUUUGUUCUGAAAGCUGCAGAGAAAGUGAAAGGACUCUGAUCCCCAGCAUACACCCUGUUUGGUAUACGGCUGCUGCUGCCUCUGAUGUGCAGCCACAUGUCCUGCAUCCAGCCAUCACCUGCAACAGGGUGAGAGGAAGCAAAAAGUGAAGUGUGAGGCUGAUUACCCAGAGACAAUUACUUGUUAAAAAAAGUACAAAACCAAAAAACAAAACAUGUUUAGGCUUAAAAUAGUGAAGAAGCAUUUCUAGAAGAUCUGCAUCUUUUUCCCCAGCAGGCAAAGAGGACUACAAGGCCCACAAAGGAACUGUCAGAAUCAGUUUCCACAAGACAGUAGUUAGGACAUGAACCUAUUUCUUUUGUGCAGACCAGUUUUCAGUAUGUUCCUGCCAAGUCUAAUUCUCCUGCCUGUUUGUCUGCAACUGCCUGUGCUACAAUAAGAUACUUGGUCAGAAAAGCAAAUGGUUGCUGAUUUUGUUUUAAUAGGUCAGAGGCUGAAACCACUCGUGCCAUUUGUGUUUCACUUUACAUCUUUCUGAGCAUGUAGAGAAGGCCAAAAAAAAGCUGAGCAGCAGCUUUGGCAACAUGGUAUCUAGUGUAUGCUUUGCGUGCAUAAUUAGAUCUGGGGAGAUACUCCGCCCGCAAAAGCUUGUUUAAAAACAGUAUGUUGCCAAAUGUGCUUUGUGUAACUCUCAUCAUCCUCCCACAACAGCAGCACACAGCGUUGCAACAGAGCCUGCAGGUUGAGAAGGUACAAAGGGAAAGAGCAGUAGAUGCUUUGUCAGAGUGUCAAGGAUGCUGGUCUGGCUUGCUUUUGUUUUUCUCCUUCACCUUCUGCCUUGAGUUUAAGAAGGACUGAAGUUGUGCUGCAACAGAGAGGGUGACAGAAGAAUAUGCACUAGGAAAAUGCUGGUUGCUGAGCCAAACCCUGUUUGGUGUUGUACCUGUCAUCUGGCUUUUACCCAGCUCUCUAUUAAUCUUAAUACAACAUUAGCAUUGGAGCUGAAGUUUCUCACCACUUUUUAUGUCCCUCUUUCAGGAAGAGCACAUUCUUUCUACUGCCAAUUUCGUUUUUCUAAUGAUGUAACAACAGUAUUUUGGUUUGUUUCUCUUAGGUUAUUUUUUUUUUUAAUUAAUCUUGGGUGUCAUGUUUAUACACAAAAUGUUAUGUUUUUUUUCAGAAAUUUCUGCAUUGUCUGCUCCAGCACUGGUUUCAGUCUGAAGGCUGAGUAGAACACAUUUAAGUGUGACUAAUGCAAGGGAAAUAUUUUUGUGUUACAUGUAAUGUGAAUAUUACCUAUUCAGCAGCAAAUUUGUAAAUACAAUGUACAUACAUUUUAUUUGAGAACAGUUUUCUUAAAGUGUUUUUUUUUUUAUUAAAAAAAAUUAAUUCUGGA